UCUAUCUCUCUACACAAUAUUUUGUUUGCAAAGGAAGGAAAAUGACAAUGAAGUUGAAUGUGCUUAACUAUGAAACACAAAAAUGCGCAUCUUUUGCUCUUCCUUCGGCCUCCUGCUGCAGAUAUCCUAAAUUCUUCAUGGCUUCCACUCUUCCCUAUCAUUCAAAGGAAGUUGAGACAACAAAGAAGCCUUUCAGACCACCCCGUGAGGCUCAUGUUCAGGUCACACACUCGAUGCCCCCUCACAAAAUUGAGAUCUUCAAAUCCAUAGAAGGCUGGGCUCAUGACAAUAUCCUGGUUCACCUCAAACCUGUGGAGAAGUGUUGGCAGCCUCAGGAUUUCUUGCCUGAUCCGGCCUCCGAUGGAUUCCAUGACCAGGUGAAGGAACUGAGAGAGAGAGCUAAGGAGAUUCCCGACGAUUAUUUUGUGGUUUUAGUCGGGAAUAUGGUCACGGAAGAAGCCCUCCCGACGUACCAGACCAUGCUCAACACCAUGGACGGGAUGAGGGAUGAAACGGGGGUGGACGCGACUCCUUGGGCAAUCUGGGCGAGGGCGUGGACUGCAGAGGAGAAUAGACACGGAGACCUUCUGAAUAAGUAUCUUUACCUCUCCGGGAGAGUAGACAUGAAGCAAGUCGAGAAGACUAUCCAGUAUCUCAUCGGGUCGGGAAUGGACCCUGGGGUAGAAAACAACCCAUACCUCGGAUCCAUCUACACAUCUUUCCAAGAAAGGGCUACAUUCGUGGCGCACGCAAACACGGCCCGACAAGCCACGAGGCACGGUGACAUCAAGCUGGCUCAGAUAUGUGGCACCAUUGCCGCGGAUGAGAAACGCCACGAAACUGCAUACACCAAGAUAGCUGAGAAGCUGUUCGAGGUCGACCCUGACACGACCAUGCUGGCUUUCGCCGACAUGAUGAAGAAGAAAAUCUCGAUGCCCGCAUACUUGAUGCACGAUGGUCGCGAUGACAACCUCUUCCACCACUUCUCGGCUGUCGGCCAGCGCCUUGGCGUCUACACGGCAGGAGACUACACGGACAUCCUAGAGCACUUGGUUGCGCGAUGGAAGGUUGAAAAUAUAACUGGGCUAUCCGCAGAGGGGCAAGAGGCUCAAGACUACGUCUGUAAUUUGUCUCCGAGAAUCAGACGUAUAGAGGAGAGAGCUCGAGGGAUGGCAAAGCACGCGCCGAAGAUCCCGUUCAGCUGGAUACACGACAGGGAAGUGCAACUCUAAGCAACCUGAUGGAGGAUGAUGGUGUGUUACAAAAAUGGGGACAUGGACGAAACAAUAAAAUUCGGCCAUUCAUUAUUAUUUUAUUAUUAUUAUUGUUAUUAUUAUUAUUAAGGUUCGACAUUAUGUACUCCCUCCGUCUCAGUUUAAGAGUGUAAUUUAGUUGGGGCAUAAGUUUUAAGAAAUUGUUGGAGUGACCCUUUUUAUUUUUAA